CAAUUCACGGGAAAUUAAUCGCAAUAAGCAUCAUGAUACACAAGAGUGACACGAAUUUAUAGUUACGUGCAAGAAAUAGUGUCGAACUCGAUAAGUGUUCAAGAUAAGACGUUCAUGGCGGCCAGCAGUGUUUUCCCACUUCUGUUAGUAUUGUUUCAUAUAGCUGACGGACUAUCAGGGUACGGUCAGCUCUGUCUCAGCUGUGACAAAGUGGUACUGCCUCGGGACUGUGGUCAUGUAACAAGAUGUGGCGUUCACGAGAAAUGUGUGGUCACAAAGUACGUAACCAGUAGCGCAGUGGUUUGGUACAGAGUCGGGUGUAAAACGGCAGAUACAUGUAACAAACCAUCGAGUCAUGGACGUCGGAAUUCUGUAGGAGUCACUGAGGCAUCGCUGUGUGUUCACUGCUGUAAUGACACCGCGCUGUGCAAUCAACGCGGCUGUGGUACAACAGGAUUUGGUGCUAGCAAUUCUAUCUGUUACAAUUGUCUUCAACACAGAACUCCAAGUUCGUGUGACGACGUUACAGUGUGCAACCAGGAUCAGGCAUGUGGCAUCACACAGACAACCUUCGGUUCAGAUAAUUUCUACACCAGUGGGUGUUCACCAGUAGCGCAAUGUACACAUUCUCAUUCCCAAAUAUCGAUGUGUUGUAACAGCACAUUGUGUAAUGACCAUUUAAACUUGUCCUUGACGACAACUAGUGUCACUAGUAUUAAGACUACUGUCCCCUCGACAACGCGAGCUGUUACCAAGGUCACAGCGAGAACAACAAAGAGCACAGCUGCAAAUUGUGCGUCAGGCUGGAUUUUCGACGUUUACAAUAACAUUCAGUAUUGCAGACACGAAGAUGUAGGACUGGUGUCGUGGGCUGCAGCCAAGGCCAUAUGUGAAAGAAGCAACAGUCAUCUUCCAAUCGUCGAGUCGCGAGAGCAACUUGAGUUUAUCCAUUUACAACUGAAAGACCGACAGCCGAGCACAUUCAGAACCGUGUGGCUAGACGGCACAGACAUUAGUAGGGAGGGCUACUGGAUGUGGAGCAGCACUUCCGGUCAGCUGGUUUCUCCUCUAUUCUGGACAGUCUCACAGCCAGACAACUACUAUGGACCUCACUCAGAAAACUGUCUGAUGUACGGAGAGGAGUAUUUCUGGGGAUACAACGACGCCAAGUGUGACAGACUUGUCAGCGUACUUUGUCAGCACGGGGUACCACCUACACCUCAACUCAAAGCGUGUCCCAGCGGUAACUGGAUUGAACAUAUAGACCGGAAGUACUGUAUCGUAACGAUUAAUUAUAACUGGUACCAAGCAAAGGCAUUAUGCUCAUCUCUGGGAGCUCACCUACCGAUCGUAGAAUCAGACAGUGACAACAACUAUCUACGAGGACUCGUAGCUCAUGGGGACGUUUGGCUUGAUGCAACGGAGGAAUUUCACAACGGUGUAUUUAAAUGGAGUUCUACAGGCACGGCAAUUCAAUAUACUAACUGGACCCCAGGGGAACCCAACAACUACGCCAGCCAGCCAGAGUAUUGCGUAGAAUUCGGAGAGACAUAUGGCUGGAAAUGGAACGAUGCCACGUGUUAUGCUCAAAGGCCAACUAUCAACAAGGUGAUCUGCGAACGGUUUAAACCCCUAGCGUCGUCACCACUGAUUGGUUGAAUUCAAAUACGUAUAAUGCAUAUAAAUGGAACGUUUUAUAUUCGUAUCAAGGGUAUGUUUUAGUUUUUGAUAUUGAUAAUGUUUUACGAAUUUGUGUUUGAUUAGCUUUUCAAUUUAUCAACAUGAAACAUAAUUACUUAAUCAGUCGUACGAACAAAACAAAAUCGUAAUAGAGGAAUCUAAACUUCUGAAGUGAACUAUCAGGUUAUUUCGAAACUGUUAACGCAUGUACCCACAUUUAGUCUUAGUGAAAGAAAGAGUUUCUCGUAUAGCUCAUACAAUAAGUCAUGACUAACUAACUGUAUCUUCGGUAAUGAUAUAUUGUUCCUGAAAUUGCGUUUUACAUGUAUAUAUCUUAUGCAGCCCCCUGUAUUUUAACUACCAGUAAACAUUUAAAAUAUUUCGUGA